GCGGGGAACGCAGACAGGCAGCGCUUCCACGCUGCCCCCGGCUGCCCCCAUCGCUCGCCGCCCGCAGGGAGCAGUUCGGGGGGAGGACAGAGAAGCGCUCGCCACCUGGUGUGUGUUUCCUGGCAGUUGUGCCCCGGGACCAGCCCCAGGAACAGGCCUGUACCGGGCCGUGCGGGCUUGGCGACAGAUUGCUCAGAGAAUUCGGCUUAAAAAGAGCAACUAUGGGCAUUAAAGGUUUGCAGUGGUUUGUGGCAAACGCUUGCCCUGAUGCAUGUACAAUGGUAAAUCUGAAGGAAAUGGCAGAAAAACAUCACAUCAGUCAUCCUGACUCCCCUCCUGUAAUUGUGGUAGAUGCCAUGGGUUGUAUUCGACACUGGUACACACCAGAAUCCUGGGUCUGUGGUGGCCAGUGGCAAGAGUACCUUGCUAAUUUGCAGGAUUUUAUUAAAGCUUUUAUGGCAGUUGAUAUCAAGCUGGUGUUCUGCUUUGAUGGUGUUGUAGAGCAGAAAAAGAGAGAUGAAUGGGUCAAACGAAGAUUGAAGAACAACAAAGAAAUAGCCAGAAUCUUUCAGUUCCUCAAGUCCUAUAGACAACAACCAGGGAGAGGGAUGUUCUUUAUUCCUUCAGGGUUGGCAACUUUUACACGCUUUGCCUUAAAGUCUCUUGGUCAAGAAACAAUAUGUUCAUUGCAAGAGGCAGACUAUGAGGUGGCCUCUUAUGGGCUGCAAAAUAAUUGCAUGGGAAUUCUUGGACAAGAUACCGACUACCUCAUCUAUAACACCUCUCCCUAUUUUUCUAUUAAUAAACUCUGCUUGGACAGGAUGGUCACUGUUAUGUACUCUAGAGAGAACCUCUGUCAUGCACUGGGCCUCAACAUAACAGACCUCCCUCUUUUUGCUUGCCUGCUUGGGAAUGAUAUAGUUCCAGAAGACAUUUUGGAGGGUUUCUGGUGGAAAUGUCUAGCUUCAUGUCCUCCAAAGAGCCAGAGCUAUGACAAAAGGGCUAACAUAAUUCUAGCUGUAGCAAGCUACAUAUCAAGAGUUCCAUGCUCAUAUGGUAGCCUGAAAGACUUGGAAGAAAUGCUACCUUUGGCAUCAGACAAGAAAUUACUUUACAGGGGAGUGGAGUCCUAUCUCUUGCCUGGCCAACAGUCUCCAUGGCUUCCUCCCAGUGUAUCAAAUUCUCAAAUUCUCAAGCAAGAAACAGCCAUAUGUCCAGAUCAGGAGAUCUUUCAGCUAGCUAAAGAACAACACGUCAGAGCUGAAAAUUAUAUGGUGUACAAUGUCCUCAGUAAAGGAGAGGUUGAAUGCAGCAAUACAUUGGAAGAUGAACUUGAUACAGAACUUCCUGGACAGGCACUUAUCUACCGUCCAGUUCGACAACAUAUUUAUUCUGUUCUGCUGGAAUCCGGAAAAGACACCUGUGGAGCCUAUCCUAUAGUAAAGGAGUGGUUUGUGUACUUUGGGAAUCCAAUGGAGCAACCAGACCUUGUACAACCUAUACAGCUUGACAUCCCAGGUGGAACACCUAGUUUGAGAACAUUGUGGCUCACUAAAGGACCAGAGGUGCAAACACUACGGUAUAGCAUGUUUCUGGCAUGCUUUCACCUUCAGGACAUGGUGGAGGAAUUCCAGUUGCUGGAUGCACCUGUUGCGGCUGUCUGCUGUCUGCUGAUUUACCUUACCCUGCAGGUGGACAGUUUCUCUCUGGAGGACUUGAAUGCAUUUGUGGCUCACACUCUGUGCCUUCAGGGGAAGUCAGCUGCUCAGCUAGCAGGUUUGCAGCUUGUCCAGGUUGAUUCCAGAGCUGUACAGCUUGGUUCUCUCUUCAUUCGUGGGCUUACAACUUUGAUUAUGGCCAAUAGUGCCUGUGGCUUUCCAAUGAAUAUGGAUGAUUUGAUGCCCUGGAAGGUGUUUGAUGGAAAACUUUUUCAAGAGAAAUAUCAGCAGUCACACAGAGGGUGUUCUUUGGAGGAGCUUUUGGAGGGCAAUGGAUCUUUGCACACGCAGUUCCAGAAUCUGAAGUCAUUCAUUUGCAAGGCUUGCGUGGUAAAGAAAAGAACAAUUCAGAGCAGACGGCGAGGGAAUGGAUUUAUCACAGAAAUGCAAGAAGGAGGAAGGGAAUGUAGCUUCCAGCAAGCACACACAACUUCUUUUGUUCCACCGUAUCAUAGUCAGAACAGAGGAUUCCAGUGGAGAGGCCCUCAACCUUACUUUUCUGGGUCUGAGGCCCAACCUUCAGGUAGAGGACAUCGAGACCAGAGGAGACAUCGAGGCCAGAGGAGAAGGUUCCAGCUUGCUCCCCGAUGGCCCAGAUGACUUUGUCCUUGACUGGAACUGAAUGAAAAGUGAUAAGAAGACAAGAUAUGUUUUUAUAAAAUACUAUACAUUGAAUAUAAUAAAAAUCAUUUCAGUAUUGCUAUUGUACCAUCAAAAAAAGAUGUCAAAUUGAAUACACAUUUUAAAAUUGGUGGUAGGAAGGAUUUAAUUACAAACACAUUACCCUGACUUCACUCAGUAUUUCCAAUCCCAUUUAAUUUUGUACCUCUGAUACUUCUUUUUUCAUUACUAAUUUAAUGUUUAUAAGAGUAUGUGUUUGUGUUCUGAGGAAAAUUUUGAAUUAUUUAAUUCCCAGUACCACAGUGAUGGGCACUUUACAAAAGCCUAAGGUAGACAGUUAUGAAGUCUAAUAGUAAAGGAAAUGUGUACAGAAACAGAGGCCACCUUUAUGUGGUGAAGGAGCUAGAGGAAAUCUAAAGUAGUAAAGAUGUGAGUGAGCUUAAGAGUAUGUCUACACUGCGAUUAGACACCUGCGGCUGGCCUGUGCCAGCUGACUCGGGCUUGGGCUAAGGGUUGUUUAACUGUGUUGUAGACAUGUGGACACAGGCUGCAGCCCAAGCUCUGAGGCCCUCCCACCUUACAGGCUCAAGCCCAAGCCCGAACGUCUACACUGCUAUUAAACAGCCCUUAGCCCGAGCCUCGCAAGCCCACAUCAACUGGCAUGGGCCAGCUGUGGGCUUUUAAUUGCAGCGUAGACAUACCCUAAGAAGUCAUCCCAACCAAGUGCGGAUAAACCUUUAUGCCACAUAUACACACAUUCUAUGUAUGCCACAUCUUUUACAGAAAAAGUAUUUUAGAAGUAUUUAAGAUAGCUUUAAAUACAAAAAAUGUGUUUUUUUAAAGUAUCUAUCUGCCUGUAAAGUCAGGUGGCUCAAAGGAAGAGGAAAAUUAUAGCUAAUACAUUUUAGAAAUCUUUAAAAAUACCUUUAAGCUCACUCAUGUCUUUUCUAGACACAAAACUGUUCACAGCUUUAAAGUCUCCAUUCUUAGAUCUUCCAGAGCAAAAAUGAAUGCUGUGUCUCUAUUGGGAAACCUAGUAUUUCCCUUUUCAGUUGUGUAAUGGUCCCAUUUCUAGCCCUUUGCAGUAUUAUACAUCAAACCUUAAACCAGUCAUUGACCGAGAAGAAAAUAUUGCUCAUCCUGGGCCUGGGGCCUCUGUAGUUUUGGAGGACAUUCCAAAUGAGGGGGAAGGGGACAAAACAAAUAUUUCUCAUAUAAAUUCAUUUUUUGUCAGCUAUUUGAAGCACAACAGUUGAAAUGAUUUUACCACAUGUGUGUGGAAUGCUCAAAAUGGUCCAACCAGAUAUAGAUUAGUGGACAGUGCACAGGUGUGGCAACCAAUCAUGUACCAUAAAUUAAUUUCUCACAGGCCUACAAUUUGUCAUAUGGAUUUCCCUGUUACAUAAAGGAUAGUGCAUAUAGAAUGUGUGGGCGUAUAUUGUAGAUUAAAUCUAUGUGUACAAAUAUUUGACAUGAAGAAAAACAUACUUUCUUCUUGUAUCUCAAAGAAUAGGUUUAUUUCUAAUGUUAAGGAUUAUUAACAAAUGAAUUCCAUAGCCACUGUAGAAGUUUGAUUUUGAUUACAGAUUAGUAGUUGCUAGUUUUUAGUUAAUUCUAGUACUAGUUAGCUCUGUUGCUGUCAUGCCUUAGGUCUUGUGCAGAUGUCUACUUUUGAGCCAACUAUCCAUCGAGUUUUUCCCAUCUAAUCUCUGAAUUCUCUAAACAUAAACAUGCUGUCAUUUGUACAUAAUGUGGUACUAUGAUUUUCUCAUAUGUAUUUUAUUGUCUGAAAUACAAUAAAUGUACUGUGACAUAAAUACAACGCAGCUAAAUAAAUAAUUGACAAUAGCCCAGCAUUUUUAAUUCUAUAAAAAAAAACUGAUGCUGAUUUCACUUUGUUUAAAUAUGACACUAUUUUUGUCCAAUUUGCUUCCUGAGGAUGAUAUGAUUAUGGGUGGGGCAGUCCUGCCAUAUUUUCCUACCAGCUAUUCACUUUAUUUUUAAAUGUACUACCUGCUAUUUAUUCAAACCUUUUGGGAGAAUGUAGAAAUGUGGGCAUAUUCAAAGAUCACUAGUUUCAGGAACCUCAUUAUAUGCAAUGGUGCUUUAAAAAAAAUCUAAUGGUGUGUCAGUAUUUUGUAGCUAUUCUUACAUCAGGAUCUUCCAGGACUUCUAGUGGCCUCAAGAGAUGAAGUGGUAGUAAACUAAAAUUAAACAUGAAUUUAGUGGGAGCUUUUGCUGUGCUAAGAUUGGGCACUUUUUAAGAAUUGCCAAUGAGAUGUAAAGGCACUCUCUGUUGACAUUUUUCUUCUUAUGCUGGACCAUAGCCAGAAGCUGCUAAUUAUCCAGACUUCUAAGCAAAAGUUUUUUUUUCUCCUUAGUAAUCAUGGGUUUGGAUCAGGAGUUCCAUGCAGGUGCUGUGCUCCUGUCCAAAGAGGAUUAGCUUGUGUUAGAGUGCUUUGUUUCUGCCCUCCUAGCCAAGGCUAGUCAUAGGUAUGUGAGGCCUGUGGACAAGAAAAGGUAAUCACAGAAGAGAAAAAUGGCCUUCCUGAAGAUGCACAUUUGACUGGCCCCCUCAAUGCCUGGACGACAGAUUUUGUAACCUGACAGUGUUGCCCACCUGGGAUGCCUUGAGCCUUGGGAGGAAGAAGGAGCUGUACCACAGGUGAAAGACAUAGAAUUGUAGGAAUGUAGGACGGGAAGGGACCUCAGUAGGUCAUCUAAUCCAGUCGCCUGCACUGAUGCAAGACUAAGUAUUAUCUAUUCUAGACCAUCCCUGACACAGCAGUUUGGAACUGGAAUUGAAGAGGUGUAAUUCUGGAGGAGAAAAAUACAAGGAAAAACAUUCUUAUUUCACAAACUGUUAAAUUGCUAAUUAUUUGAACAAGUCUAAAAUAUGCAGCUGUAUUUUAAGAAAUAA